CCCUCCCCUCAGCCUCCCUCCCCUUCCCUGAACCGCGGGCCAAGGCUGGUGACGGCCCUCAUGUAUUUAAAGAGGACGUGAGCCCCCUUAUGCAGCUGAGCCGACAGAGAUCACACAGACAGAUUUGACCUUGAUCAGAGAGUCUUCAAGAUGCCAAACUGGGGUGGAGGAGCGAAAUGCGGAGCCUGCGAGAAGACCGUCUACCACGCGGAAGAAAUCCAGUGCAAUGGAAGGAGUUUCCACAAGACCUGUUUCCACUGCAUGGCCUGCAGGAAGGCGCUGGACAGCACCACGGUGGCCGCUCACGAGUCAGAGAUCUACUGUAAGGUCUGCUACGGGCGCAGGUACGGCCCCAAAGGGAUAGGGUAUGGACAAGGCGCUGGCUGCCUCAGCACGGACACAGGCGAACACCUGGGACUCCAGUUCCAACAGUCCCCAAAGCAGUCACGUUCAGCCGCCACCAGCAGCAACCCUUCCAAGUUCGCAAAGUUUGGAGCAUCGGAGAAGUGCCCUCGAUGUGGAAAGUCAGUCUAUGCUGCUGAGAAGGUGAUGGGCGGUGGUAAGCCUUGGCACAAGACCUGUUUUCGCUGCGCCAUCUGUGGGAAGAGUCUAGAGUCCACAAACGUCACUGACAAAGAUGGGGAACUUUACUGCAAAGUGUGCUAUGCCAAAAACUUUGGCCCGACAGGUAUUGGGUUUGGGGGCCUUACACACCAAGUGGAAAAGAAAGAUUGAAACGCGCACCGUGUGCCAGGUCUCUUACCGGCCUAAAGCAUUUCCCAAGUAAUCCUGCCCAGAUGGAAACCCCUCCCCAACCUCCUCUCAUUGGUAGCUGAACGGUAUCUCUCCUCAGAAGCGAUCACAGUCUUCACCCGAAGUAAGAAGAGCUCUUCGGAAGAAAAUUAUUAACACUCAAGUCCAAAACAAAAUGCUUUAUUAUUUGAUACCUGGGGGUAGGAGAGACCAGAAAUAAAAUUUAAGUGACACCUUGUA